AUGGCAAAGAAAAAGUCUAAGGCGGCAACAUCCUCGGACGCCGAGCCGCUCCAUGAAAAGGGCAACACAAGGAAGCGGCUCAGCAAUGCCGGCGAUGAGGACCACACCACUAAAAGAGCCCGGAUGCUCGAGACUAAGACUGACUACACGAGAUGGCGCAUGCGUGACGAGGGGGGCUGCCACACAUGGCACUAUCUCGAGGACGACGAGGCGGCGAAGAAGUGGCCGCAAACUUACUAUGACAAGUACUACCUGGGUCUUCCUUUGGACCUCCCCGACCUUCCCAAAGCAAAAACGCCCCUUGAUGCGGUCCGCAAUGGUCUGGAGUUUUUCGAGAAGCUCCAGCUCCCUAGUGGCCAUUGGGGUUGCGAGUAUGGCGGUCCCAUGUUUCUCCUUCCCUGCAUUGUGAUCUCUUGGUAUGUGACGAAGACACCAAUUCCCUGGUAUGUCGCAACAGAGAUCAAGAAUUACCUCUUCGCCCGUGCUCAUCCUGAGGACGGCGGAUGGGGUCUGCACAUCGAGGGCGAGAGCACGGUUUUCGGAACUUCGCUCAACUACACGGUUCUGAGAAUUGUUGGCGUUGACCCCGACCACCCUGUCAUGGUCAAGGCCCGGGCUACCCUUCACAAGCUCGGCGGUGCAACACACGCCCCGCAUUGGGCGAAGUGGUGGUUUGCAGUAAUGGGCGUUGCCGAGUGGGACAUCGUCAACCCGGUCCCUCCAGAACUAUGGCUGCUCCCUGACUGGGUUCCUUUCCAUCCCUGGAGAUGGUGGGUUCAUAUUCGCCAGGUCUUCUUGCCUAUGAGUUAUCUGUGGUCAAAGGGAUGGCGUGCAGAGGAGACCGAUCUUAUCCGAUCUCUUCGUAAGGAGUUGUACGUCGAGGAUUACGACAAGAUCGACUGGGCCGGGAACCGCAACACCAUCAAUCCAAUUGACAACUAUCACCCGAAAACAUGGCUCCUCAACACUAUCAACUGGUUCUUGGCUAACAUUUGGAAGCCCUAUUUCCGAGUCAAACCGCUCGUUGAACGUGCCGAGGAAUGGGCCAUGAAGUUGAUUGAGAUGGAGAAUGAGAACACUGACCACUUAGAUCUGGCUACUGUGUCCGGUCCAAUGAAUAUGGUCUGCCUCUAUGCCUGCUAUGGCCCCGACUCAUACGCUGUGCGCCGCCACCAGGAACGAUCUGCCGAGUUCCUCUGGGUCAACCGCGAGGGCAUGCUGGCCAACGGCACCAACGGUGUUCAAUGCUGGGAUACUGCAUUCGCAGUUCAAGCCAUUAUGGAUGCAGGUCUCACCGAAGAUCCUCGGUGGCGGCCUAUGUUGCUGAAGGCACUCAAGUUUCUGGACGACCAGCAGAUCCGAGACAACGUAAAGGAUCAGGAGAAGUGCUACCGCCAGCAACGCAAGGGUGCCUGGGCUUUCAGUAAUAAGGAUCAGGGUUAUGCUGUCAGUGACUGUGUUUCAGAAGCACUUAAGGCUGUCAUUAUCCUGCAAAAAACGCCGGGCUUUCCCACGCUGAUCGAUGACCGCCGCAUCUUUGACGCCAUCGACACCCUCCUGACCUACCAGAACCCCAACGGCAGCUGCUCGUCCUAUGAGCCACCCCGCGCAGGCAAGUGGAUGGAGAUGCUUAAUGCGGCCGAGGUGUUUGGCAACAUCAUGGUUGAGUAUGAGUAUCCAGAGUGUACAACUGCGGUGGUGACAGCCCUGUCACUGUUCCACAAGCACUGGCCCGAUUACCGUGCUGCUGAGAUUGAGCGUUUCAUCGAGCGCGCUGUCGCCUGGAUCAAGACGGCCCAGAAGCCACAUGGCGGUUGGUAUGGCAGCUGGGGCAUCUGCUUCACGUACGCUACCAUGUUCGCGCUCGAAAGUCUGGCUAGCAUUGGCGAGACAUACGCCAAUAGCGAGCAUGCCCGCCGCGGCUGUGAGUUCCUCAUCUCCAAGCAGCGCGAGGACGGCGGUUGGUCGGAGCAUUAUAAGGCUUGUGAAACAGGAGAGUACCACGAGCACCCGACGGGCUCGCAGGUCGUCAUGACCGCGUGGGCGCUCAUCGGCCUCAUGAAGGCGCAGUACCCCCAUAUCGAGCCGAUCAAGAAGGGCAUUCGCCUGAUCAUGGAUCGGCAGCAGCCCAAUGGUGAAUGGUUGCAGGAGGCCAUCGAGGGCGUUUUCAACAAGAGCUGCAUGAUCUCGUACCCCAACUACAAAUUCACCUUUACGAUGAAGGCUUUGGGCAUGUUUGCACGCAAAUACCCGGACGUAAAGAUUUAUGAUGACUGA